CCUUCUACAAAUUUUCUAGAUCUGUAGCAUAAACUCGCGAGCACAGUGCUGAACAGCUAAGCAAAGCGCCUGACGUACAGGGGAACUGAAGUCAAAGGCGCUAAUACGCUUGCGGGGGAAAGGAGGCUCCGCCCCCCCCGGGCACAAAUAAGGAACGAAGGGCGGGAAAGAAGCUUGCGCGUGCGCACUAAGACCAAUGUCAGCCCAGAGGUUAGGAACCUACUGCCUUGUAUGGUGGGCUUCCCGCCCUCCGUCCCGUUUGAAACGGGCCCAAAGUGAAUGCAAAGGCUUUUUCUUCCAGCAGGAGGAAGGAAUCACUGCUUUGUCUGUAAGUUGGUGAGAGUACCGCAAUUCUCAUCAGUUCAGCCAACUUAAUGCGUUUUGGGGCAGUGACCCCACCUCCUGUUUGGCUGAUCUGAUUUGGACCAGGCCCAGUUGCACAGGUGGUGGUGGCACCGUUGUGCAGAAGACCUCUGGCCUGGCUGCUCUGGCCAAGGCUCUGACCGCAAGGAGCCUUCCCUCCCCUGUCCAGGGACAGAUUUUGGCCUCCAUGGUGUGGCCAAGCCUUUGGAAGUCUUUGACUUGGUUGCUUUGAAGAAAGAUGUGCCCCGUUACUGGCUAAUGCCCGCUGUAUCCCACUUGCAAAUUAGGGUCAUUUUUGAAAACCUUUGGAAAGGAAGCUGAACAUGCCUGACUGGUAAACUUUGAACUUUCCUAGAAUGCUGUGCGCAGCGCGGUUAGCCUUAGGGGCUGGGGUUGUAGGGUUGCCAUCCCGUGGCAAGGCCUCCCUCGCUGCCAAGAUGGUGAAAUACCGGAAGAUGCGGAGACCAGUGGAGCCACAGAACUGGGCGGUGGACUAUCGGGAGAGAUACAUCCCCUUUUCCAAGGACUACCUGGUUGAUGCUCUAGUGAAGGUAUAACAUGGGCUCUGCAUGGGUUCAUAAUAAGAUAUGAACAUAGUGCUGUGACUGGGCUUUUUUUUUUGCUGGGGUGGGUCAGUCUGUAUGAUGCCUGAGCCCCUUCUGAUCCCCUGGAUCCAGCAAGGGUUAAAAGCUAAUAGAGAAUUCCAUUGUUAAAUUGGUCCAGCAAGGGUCGUAGUUGCCACCUAAGUACCAUAUAAGUACGGUCAUUAGUAUAACCGGAUAUUGCCCUGUGCCAGAGGGCAAAUGGGUGGGCCCCCUCCCACACCUGACUGGUGGUGAGAAAGACAGUAGCCAGAGUUGUGUGUCAAAGCUGGGUUGGAAACAGAGUGCAGGCAGAAGCCAGAGAGAGAGCCAUGCUUGAUCUCUGCUUGAAUCCAACGCUGUGGCUGGGAGAAGCAAGACUGCUUGCAGUCUUAAUGCUGUGAGCCCUUCCAUCGUAGGCUAAGGUUGUAUAUAUGUGUAAAUAAACCAGAUAUCCUAAAGACACCACAGUCUCCACUGCCUCUCAUUCCAAGGAAACCAAACCUUGGGGAAGCGCCUGGAACCCCUGGAAAUCUCACACCGCUCAGAAAUUGAGGUGGUGUGCAACAAUAUGUUGCGUGUCAGACUCAGAAUCCUCUUCUCAGCUAGCUUGUCGUACUUAAGGUUGUACAGCUAAGCUGAAGCUAAACUUAAAUGAAUACAUAUGGCAAUUGGCUUACUUUUGCAUGAGGCAUUCAGAUCCUUGAGUGCUGUACUGUAUAGCAUUUAUUGGCCCAGUAACUUGGGCUACCUUGGUACAGAAGAUGUUUUGUUUUACAAUGAUUGUAUGUCUUCUUGGGUGCAACUCAUUCUAUAUUGAGGCCUGCUCCUCCCAGCCACCCACCCCAAUCCCAGAGCCUGCUGCAUCCUGAUGCUUGGUGUGGAAACAGUACAAAACUUUUGCUCUUUAACACAUCUUGCAUUCUACAAGAGUGCAUGGUGUUGAAUCUAACAAGCGAUGAUGGCCCUUCUAGAGAGUUUAAUCGCUACUAGGAUGGCCCAAGUAGGGGUGUGUGAAGAGCACAGACAUUAAGAAAUGAAUAUUUGGGUGUGGGAAAACUUAAUGACAAUGGCUGGGCCAGGUAAAAUUUAUGUCUAAUAAUUUAAGAGUAUUUAAGCUGACUUUCAACACACAAUCAUAAGGUACUGAGCAAGAUUAGAAAUGCCAGAAGCUACUAUACUGUAUAUCACUGUGCAUACUUAAGUAUAGUAACCAAACUUUGCAUGAUAGUUCCUGAGAUCAAGGAGCAGGUUUUUUUCUGUGUUUGGAUACAGUUGGGUGUGCUUCUGAAUCAAGAUGACAGACUGAACAUUUCAAAACUAGCCUGAUUUUAACUACUGAUUUUUUGGUUUCUUGGAAUUUCUGAGCAAAAAGUAUGAGGCUGCUAGUAUACAAUACAUUCAGUUAAAGCACUAAAAAAUUAAUAUUAAUAGAAUAAAAUCUGCAAUAAGAAAACUUCAACUAAUUUCCAAAUAUCUGGUAUAAUAAGAAUAUCUUCAUCAGUUCUUUCCUUGAGGAGGAAGGGUGGGAUAUAAAUUAAAUAAAUACAGGCGGUGACCAUUUCACAUGGGGAUUCAAUUCCCAACCCCUGCAUAUGUUGGCAGAGUGCGUAUAAGCACAUCUCGCCCCCAUUAUGCCCCUGUUAAACCGCCUUCUGUGCAUUGGUGAUCAUGCAUCAGUUGGAUGUGCCUAAAAUGGUUGCUGCCUGUAAUAGGAAAGAAUAAUAAAAGAGUCUGGGGGAAGUGAAUGAGUUUUUUGAAGGGGAUUUUUCUGUAGCUCUGAAGCCACUACACUAUUUGCUGAACAAGUGUAAAAUGAGGGAAGUGAAGGCAGAAAGGGGAUGUGGAUUAUUGAGAAGAGGGCUGUUGUUCCAGAGCAGAAAAGGAAUAAAGGGAUAUAAGGAGAGGUGAAAGAGAUAGUUAAGGAGAUAGUUAAGAGCUUCUAGCAUUCCAGGAUUUCCCUGUGGUUCAGAAAUUGUAUAAUGUUACUCUGGAGACCCUUGGGAACUCCAUUGUAUAUAUUAUUAUCAACCUUAUUAACAUAUUUUUAUCUUCAGUAUGUGAAUGGAAUAUUUUGAUAGGAGCUUUAUGUCAGAGAGGAAAGCUCCCCUUUGUGAAUUGGGAGAAGGAAGGAAAGAACAGAGUGGCUGCACGUUCUUGGAGAGCAUCACCUUCAGAAGCUAGGUCAAGAGAAUGCCUUCCUGACACGUUUUAUUGACAACCAGAUAGGGAUAGCUGGUGGCCCUCUGGGCUGGCGACACUGAACAAUAUGGAGCAGGCGUAGUGCUAAGUGUGCAAUGAGAUCAUGCUCCAUUGCGAGUAGGUAUGUGGGGUGUGGGUGUAUAGAGAGAGAGAGAGCACUAUAUGUUUUCCCACCUUGAUGUUAACGGUGUAUGGAACCUGCAGCAAGCAUCUUUUGUAUUUUCUUUUAUUUCCAUCCAGGAUUUCUUUCUUGCUGACUUGGCCACCCCAGCUAUAGUCAAGAGACUUAUAAAGUAAGGACUAGAAGACUAUCUUCUCCUUUCUCCCCCUCCCCUGUGGGAGGUGUAAAACAUACAAAAGCCAAUUAUAAAUUACCUAAUGUUUGAGCUUCACUCACUCAUUGCUUUCCACAGUGAUUUUACCAAGACAGAUACCUGUAAAAGGCUGAAACCAUGUGAAAGAGUUUUUCGUUUAUUCUUAUGGUAGUCAUAGGAAUAUAAGAAAGUGCUUUGUAUCAGCUCAGUCUAUUUGUUCCUCUAGCUUAAGACUAUGUACGCACCAUUCAUGAAAAGCCCAUGACUCUUCCCCCCGCCCCAAAUCCUGGGGUCUGUAAUUUGUUAAGGGUGCUGGGCAGGGCUUUUUCAGGGGGAACUCAACAGGAACUCAGUACAGGUGAGUUCCGGCUCCUCUGGUGAGUGCCAUUGCCAUUCUAAGAAAAUGAGGGUGGUGGUCACAGUGACCUCUUUCUAGAAAAAUAGCAGUGGUGCCAGGGAUUGUAGCUUUGUGAUGGGUAAACUGCAGAUCCCAGGAUUCUUUGGAGAAAGCCAUGUGCUUUAAAUGUAUGAUGUAUAUGAAGCCUAAGUAUUGACGAGCAGUGGCUCUCCAGAGUCUCAGGCAGCAAGUCCCUUCACAUCACCUGAUCCCUGAUCUCUUACUAUAUAUAUAUAUAUAUAUUUUAUUAAUUUCAACAUACCAAUUCUUAUACAAUCUUUUUGGACUUCCAUCAGACCUCUGAUGAUCCACCAUUUUUAUCAUUUCUUCUGCAUUUCUUAAAUUCCUAUUGCCGUUAAUUAUCUUAACUCACAAUCCACCUCUUUAACCAUUUUUGCAAUAAUUCAAAUAAUUUACCUCACAAAACUUCUUGCAAACCUACAAACCUAAUCUGGUCAUUACGAUCCCUGAUCUCUUCUAUGUGCAAAGCACAGGAUUGGCCAAUGGACCGUGGUCCCUUUUGUAAUAGGAAGCUGACGUGCGUUGUCUUACUUGAAGCUUGGAACAUGGAAGCCUUGCUCAUAAUGACGCCAAGCACCCCAGCUAAAAAUGAAACAAGCCACAAAUGCUGAAAGGAGCUUUCUGGGAGCCUGGUUCACCACAAAAGCUUGGAUCGGCCUAGAACUGGUGGCAGGGUGUGUGUGUGUGGAGUUCUCCAGUGGCAGCUAAUAACUUGUUUAUGUAUGCAGGGUGUGAAUUUAGUAAUUAGUGUGCAUGUAUGUGUGUUACAUGUUCUUAAUUAAAUGUAGAUCAAACCUGUAAACAACAACGACUUAAUCCAACCUUUACUAUUGCCUAAUAUUUAUUAAAUCUAUUAGGAGCUUUUCUUGCUGCAGGGAACUCAAAGCGACUUUACAAAAAAAAACAUUAAAGCACACACACAAGCUUUAUAAGGCCAUGGAUUGUUAACAGCCAAAGGCCUGGUUGAAAAGGCAUGUUUUUGCCUGGCGCUUCUACCAAUUUGGUGCGCACCAGAUGUUUUAGACUAGGACUCCUAUCAUGGGAAUUGUAGUCAAAAACGCCCAGAGGGCUCCAAAUUCACAAAACUGAUUUAAUUCGUAUCAAUCCAGUUGGGGACUAAGUUUUUAAAAAGUUGUUUCAGAUUGAUAGGGAAGCUUAAGGAUAACACUGCUGUAGCAGCAUGGAAUAAUCUGUCAGCCCGUUGCCUCAGUUAUAACAAUAUCUCAGGACAAAGUAAGGCAUCCUUUUAAUAAUCUGCUGCAAUUCAGCAUAUCACAACAAACGUAUGUAAACAGGUCAUUUGGUUCUAAACCACCUUUGGACUAACCUUGUCUGUUCCUUCUUUCAGGAGUUCCACUCUUCUAGUCAAGCAGAUCGCGCUACUUUCCUGGCAUUUGUCUCUCAAGUGGACUCGUCCCUUCUUCACCGUUACCACUCCAUUCUAGAGCAAUUACAGGUAAUGACAAAGUAUGCUCCUUGUGGGGACUGGCCUUGUUUCUGAAUGAAUUGCUCAUCCAAAGGCAGAAGGGGUUGGGGAACAGCAUGUGCCGGAAGCUAGUGGGAGGCAUUGUGAUGAGAUCCUGGCUUACUCACUAGUUUCCGGGCUCAGAGGUACAGGAACUGAUCUUUAAAGCACUCCACAGCUCUGUAAUUCCUCAAGGACUGCCUCUCCCCAUAUGAACCAGCUCAGACCCUGUGGUUUUCAUCACAGACCCCUUCUUGCUGUGCUGCACCUGAAGUAGGUACAGAUUGUGAAUCAGGCCUUCUCAGUGGUGGCCCCCUGUUUGUUGAAUGCUCCCUCAGGGUGAUGUACCUAGCACCAUCCUUGUCAAUCUUUAGCUGGCAGGCUAAGGCCUUUUUGUGUGGCCUGCUGAGGUGGUGGUCAUCUUUUAGUGGGAUGGGUAGGACUUGUCCUUACUACAGUGGUACCUCGGGUUAAGAACUUAAUUCAUUCUGGAGGUCUGUUCUUAACCUAAGGUACCACUUUAGCUAAUGGGGCCUGCUGCACCGCUGCCACACGAUUUCUGUUCUCAUCCUGAAGCAAAGUUCUUAACCUGAAGCACUAUUUCUGGGUUAGCAGAGUCUGUAACCUGAAGCGUCUGUAACCCGAGGUACCACUGUAUAUUGUAGGAUGAGCGUCAAAGGAAUUUUAUAGGGCCCAUUGUUUUGUAUUUCUUAUGGUAUUAAGUUGUGUUUAUGCAUUCCAUUUUACCUUGACAAGUUGCUUCCAGGCUUUUUAUUGUGUAAAAUGACCGAUCAAUGCAGUAAAUAAUAAUAACACUGUUAAUGGCAUUAAUACUGGCUAUUUAUUUCUCCCCUUCCCAGGCUCUCUACGCUCCUAUUAAUCCCGACCAGGACACACUGCAGGAGUUCUCUCUGACUGAUGCUGAGCGGUUAGCAAAAGAACAGGAAGUUUUGGCCAGGAUGGAUCCAUUGCUGGACCAGGCCAACUUCAACAGUUUGUCAGAGGAAACCCUGGCCUAUGCCCUUGUGGUUCACCAUCCUCAAGAUGAAGUCCAGGUGAGACCUGUCCCAGGAUAGGGCCAUUCUUCCUCCCCGUAACACAAUGUGACUCUUAACAAAGCCAGAUUCUGUAUAUACAUGUUAUGGGAGUUUUCUCACUGCGGAGAUUAAGUUCAGGCACAGCUCCACCAGAGGCCCUUCAGCUUCCCUGUGUCUGAGCUUCUUCGUAUAUUCGUAUAUUCUUCGUAUAUUAUUAUACAAGCCACUUUGAUGUAGUGGUUAAGAGCGGUAGUCUCAUAAUCUGGUGAACUGGGUUCGCGUCUCCAUUCCUCUACAUGCAGCCUCUGGGUGACCUUGGGCCAGUCACACUUCUCUGACGUCUCUCAGCCCCACUCACCUCACAGAGUGUUUGUUGUGGGGGAGGAAGGGAAAGGAGAUUGUUAGCCGCUUUGAGACACCUUAGGGUAGUGAUAAAGCAGGAUAUCAAAUCCAUACUACUACUACUACUACUACUACUACUACUACUACUCUUCUUCUUCUUCUUCUUCUUCUUCUUCUUCUUCUUCUUCUUCUUCUUCUUCCUAUUAGCCUUCCUGUCAUCAGUUUAUUAUCCUAGGGCUUGAAGCAAUAGAAUUCAUACAAGAACCAUGAGAAAUUCCUAUUAAAAUGUACAGAAUAUUGUUGAAGAGAUCAACAGCACAGCAUCCCCAGAUGUGAAGCUAAAGGCACACCUUUAGAGCAGGUGAACCCAUUGGACUCCAGCUCCCAACAGCAUCUGGAGGGCUGUAGAUUUCAUGCACUGCUGCAUGAAAGCCUUGUGACUUCAGCCCCUGUGUCUCAUUUUUACAUUGAAAAGUGCUCUCCGUGGUGAUCCAUUUCCUCAGAUUACUUAACAUGCUUGGCACUGAUUUUUUUUUUUUAAUUUUUGCCACCAUUGUAGAUUUGGUUCCUUAUUUUAUAGGCAGGUUGGCUUUAUUUAUUUAUUAUUAUUUCUUAAAUUUGUACACCACAUAGUAACAUUUAUGUACAAAUGUUUAAAAUAAAAAAUAGUGCGCACGCCCUCAAAACAUUCACGCUAUCGGUCGGUAUGGAAUGCUCCUUAGCUGUAGUUGCAACACAAGACCCCCUGCCCCAAAAAGUAAAUGUAUUUUCAUGCCUUCCUUUUUGCAGGUCUCAGUAAAUCUGGAUCAGUAUGAAUACAUAAGAUUCUGGGCUCUUGGCCAACGGUUCGGACCACUGCGUGUGAUGACUACCCUUCAGAAUCAGAGGGGGUUCUUUGGCACACCUCGGGUUCCACCAGACAGGCAAGUGAAUAAUAAUAAAAACAGAUCCCACCCUGAGAUCCUUUUGGGGAGAGCUAUUCCCCUGACUCUACAUUUGCCUCUCCCAGCUUGUUACACUGUUCAGACUCCCAUAAAUCUAGGCCUUAGGCUGAAGCUAUUGGGAGUUGGAGACCAACUGCAUUUGGAUUGCAGCAUCUUGGGGAAGUCUGCUCUGCAUUAACUGGACAGGAAGAUAGGCAGUGAAUAGGUUUUGUUCAUAUGUGGAUGGAUAAUUCAGGGACAUACCGUACUGUGGAUUCUUGGGCACUUUUUAAUCAAAGCAGUUUCCAAUAGUUUGGAGACUGAAGGAAUUUCUUAACUUUUUUUUUUUUAAGUUAUGUGAGCAUGAUCCCUCUUUGAAAAGGGAACACAGUACUGUUCGUCCGCUGCCUCCAUGCUUUAUUGGUAUUUGCCUCCACAUGGACAAAAUGUGUUUGGCCACUUAGUAUGGUGUUUUAUCCACCUCAGUUUAUUUAAUGAUAAUCUCUUCUGCCUUUCAGUCAACAUUGUGUUUUAUGGUUCUUGUUAAAUACUUUAUAAUUUUAAAUGAUACAUGUAUAACAAUAUACAGUACUGAGUAAACUUUGCAGGGUUUUGAUGAGUGCUUAUACAUUGUACCUCAGGUUCCAUCUGCACUAUACAUUUAAAGCAGUGUUAUACCACUUUAAACAGUCAGGGCUUCUCUCAGAGUCCUGUGAACUGUCGUUUGUUAAGGGUGCCAAGAGUUGUUAGGACUCCCCUCGCAGAGGUACAGUUCCCAGAGUUCCCUGGGAAGAGGGACCAGUUUUUAAAGCACUCUGAGAACUGUACCUCUGUGAGGGGGGUUGGUAUCUCCUAACAUCCCUCAGCGCCUUUAACAUUCUGCAGUUCCCAGGGUUAUUUAGGGGAAGUCACCUUAAUGACUAUCUGCUUAUAUCUUUAAUUGAAUUAUCUUUUAUGUUGCCUUGAUAUUUUUUGAUAUACCGGUACAGAAAUAUUUUAUUUAUCCAUAAAUAAAAUGAAAAUGCUUUCUUUCCUCUGUGGUUUUUUAUUUUUUGCCCCUUUUCCUCCCAAACCAGACAGUACUUCAAACGGGUGGUGGUGGCAGCCCGGAUUAAGAAUGCUCACCUCAUGCUUAAAUGCUUUAAGGACAUUCCCCUGGAAGGCCUGGAGCAGUUGCUGCCCGCCGUCAAGGUCCGCACCUCCAUCUUCUACAGGGCCCUCCUCAACGGCAUGCUGAUAGUGAGCGGCUUGGCCGUCUUCGUCAACGUGGGCAUGGUGGUGCUUUCUGACCUGAAGAUUGGCACCACCUCCCUGCUGCUUUUCUUCGCUGCCUUUAUGGCCUUCCGGGCUUGGAAGGUAUGCAUGAUGAUGAUGCCGCCGCUAUUUCUAGAAAACUGGCCCUGCCUCUUAAAACAGAUUGCCAGCCAUGUGACCUUUGGUAACAUAGCCUUUAAGGAAGGGGGGGACAGUUCCGACGUUGGGGCUGAUGGGAGUUGGAGUCCAACAAUCAGCAUGGUUAAUGGCCAGGGAUUAAAAUAAAAAAUAAAAUAACAGAGUCUGUAGUCCAGCAAGAUCUGGAGGUUUCUGUCACUGUUUUGGGGCAGCAUUUCCCAAUCUAUUGGUCACAAAGCCAGUAAGCCAAACAUAAUUAUUACUUCUCAUAAUUUAACUGUUAUGAUGAAGAUCUCUCCUUGAGAUCCCAGAGAGCUGCUGUCAGGUAGACAGUUUGGAACAAUUGUCUGGUUUUUCUGGACAAAACAGGCCCACAUGGUCAUACGCACCCUGUCGUUUUCUCAAAUAGAAGUAUCUACCAUUUAUUCCAUUGUGUGGGGUAGUUGGGAGAAUUACCCAUUGAAGAUGCACUUAAAGAUACCUUUGCCUUCAGGACAAAACCUGUAAUACACACCUCUAAAUGCACUACUCUCCCCAUGUGGGUACUCGCAGGCUACAAGUCCUCCUUCCUCCUCUCACGCCCUGUCCCUCCUAUUGAUGGACACUUUGCUAGGGAUUGCAAUACGUGUCAACCUUGCUCAAAAGCACUGCUGUAACUGUGGCUGUAAACCCAGGAGGCCUGAAUCCCAACUUGUCCACUGCUAUAGUUAAACUAUGGGAUUCGCUCCCAUAGGAGGCAGUGAUCACCACCAACCUGAAUGGCUUUAAAAGACAAUUAGACAAAAUUAAUCGAUAGGGAUAGCAGUGGCUACUACCUGUGAUGGCUACGCUGAAUGCCAGUUGCUGGAAACUGCAAGGGGGCGAGGGCUCUUGUGCUCAGCUCCUGCUUGUAGGAUUCUGACAGGCACUUGCGUGGCCGCUGUGAGAACAGGAUACUGAGCUUGAUGGGCCACUGGCCAAAUCCAAGAGGGCUGUUCUUAGCAGUCUUGCUUCCUGUGGACACCCCUGCUUUCUUCUUGUUAAAGGUCUUUGGCCAGCGCCGGAAUAUCCACUCCCUUGAGCUGGUGCACAUGCUGUAUUACCGCAGCACAUCCAACAACUCUGAGCUACUGGAUGCCCUUGCUCUGCGUGCCCAGGAAGAACAUGCCAAGGAGGUCAUCUUGGCACACAGUUUCCUCCUCCAGCUGCACCAGCACUAUCACCCCCUGGACAUAGGUAUUUGCCUGGCCUUGGUUCUUUGGGUUGGGGCAGGGUUGAAGCAAUGAAAAACUAAGCCAUCCCCUGGGAUGGGUUUGAACUUGUGAAAGGUUCUCUGACCUCUCUCUCUCUCUCUCUCUCUCUCUCUCUCUCUCUCUCUGUCCCCCAGACUCCAAAACCAUUGAACGCAUGAGGGAAGAGGUUCAGGCGUGGCUGCACCUCCACUCUGGUCUGGAUGUAACCUUCUGUGCCGACCGUGCUUGCAGGCAUCUCAGGGAACUGGGAGUUGGGGCAGGGGGCUCUCCUGCAACCGGGACCCAUCCUGUGACUGGUUAGGAGCUUCCUAGGAUUGUUCUGGCCAGCACUUUUGGUUCCUAGUGGUCAGGCCACCUGCUGAGGCCCCUAACGCUGAGCAUGUGAGGCUUUGAAGGCACAGGCAGGGGAAUUCUUGCCUUCCCGGGGCAUUAUGGGAGCAGUGCCCAGGGCUGCAGUUGUCGAUGCUGCCCAGAAGCCUCAGGGUUUCUGCUUCUACUACUGCUGUAUCUCCCCUGGAUGUGUAUGUUCCUCCAGGAAUCCAUGUUGGGAGGAAACUCAAGCAUGUAACACCAUAAGAGGUGUAAAUAUCACCCGGCAUACAACAUUCAACCUCAUUACAAGGGUGGCAUGUUACACCUCAGACUCAACUAUUUGGAAGGCUUGUCGGGGGAAGCUUGUUUUUAAAGGUGUCCCUGUUUUUGUAAAAACCCUUUUAUUAUAUGCUGCUGCCUUUGGGGGGGGGCUGCCUGCUUUUUCUUGUAUCUGAGGAAUGUGGGGGCGAAGUUCCUUGCAGGGCUGUUUACAUUUGAAAUGAGAAUGGCAUAAAGCAAUGAAUUGCUUGCGUUUAGGGCAAGAUGGGGUUUUAGAAAUAUUCCUUUGCUCUGCUGCUUGGGGGCUUUAAAAAAACCUAUUAAAUCACUUUUAUAGCACUUUGAAAUUCACAGUAUACGCUCACGAGGAAUUUGAAGACUACUACGCACUUGGUUUUGCCUGUUUUGUAGAGACCACGGAGGUUGAGAUGACACACACACUGCAUGGUCUUGGACAACUCAGUAAGUUCAUGCAGUGCUUUGACUUGUUAGGGAAGGGCACUCGGCACGUUUCUAGAGGCACUUCUCCAUAUUAUUGCCCCCAGAUGUUCCAGCUUCAGGCUGCUAUACUGAGAACAGAUUUGAUGCCUUGGAACAAAUUUACGCUCUGAGUUAAUGAAUGAGCUCCUAUGUGUUUUUUAAGUUCCAGUAUUGUACUCACUGAACCACGCUGUCUUUUGUUUUCUGGUUGUCAAUUGGUCAUCAGUCUACAGUUGAGGUUUGGAGUUCAGAAACUUGCACAAGUAGUAGGAAUUAUUAGGAGGGCUGUUGCUGAUGGAUUUUGAAGUUGAGGCAUCUGCUACCUCCUUUUGACGCAUGCAAUAAGGUCUUAAUUCUACCCUCAUGGAGGGUACCUGAGUUCUGCUGUCUCCAUCUCUAAAUAGUGCAUGUGUGUUCAAUGUAUGUAUGUGUGCUUGGGGGGGAACGACUUCACCCUAAUGAAUGCCCUUGUAACUGAGCAGAUGUGAUAUUGUUCACUGUUUGUUGUGUUAGACUGGGGGCCAGCUGGCCCCCCUGAGAGGUCCUCUGUCCUUUUUUAUGGUGUGCAUGUACCAGCCGUGCAGUCUCCCAUCAGCCAGGAUGCUGUAUUUGAAGCAGCACCUGCCAGCAAAACCUCAGACAGAGAACUUGGUGCAAAUAGGAGCCAAGUAGAGGCUGUUUGUGGACACUGGUCUGCUAUUUCACAGUCUAAAAGCAACAACAGGGCAAUGCCUCGGUGAUACUUUACAUGGUAGCAUUGCCCGGAUUUUCACUUUUGAUUUCUUCCCUUCCCCAAGUGAGUGCUACCUGAAGUUUUUGUCUCUUGUAACUGUCUAAACAGCACUCUUACCUACAGGUGUGUGUAGUGGUGUGAGAAGACCCUCUAACAACAGCUUGUUCUGAGCUUCUCAUGCCUAAAGUGAGCUCUUAGUCUUAAAAUAGCAGUGGUUGGGGUUUUUGUUUUUCUUUUUGUUUAGCCCUCCACCCAUGUUGGAAGUCAUUGUGGCUCAGGGGAAACUGCGUGAAUGUCUGUAUCUUCGGCGCAAUAAAAAAUAUUUUCCCAU